AUGUCCGCUAACAGCACACUUUUCUCCCGGGCUGUGUCCCCCGCCUCUGCCGUAUACGUGCAGGGCAUAUCCGCCACGCUCGGCCAACCAGCCGGGCCUGGUGCGAUGGAGGUGGACGACGUCCACCCCCAAAACUCCCUAGCGCCUCUCGGAGAACGAGAGGCGGCGGCUCGUCACGCGGUGCUAUACUGUGCGACGACCGUGGAGGAAGUGAUAAACGCCAUCCCCGGCGUCUAUCGCUCCGUCCUUCGUGGACCUCUCCUUGAGGUUGCCAGCCUCGAGGAGAAGUACCAGGCCAACUUGGCCAAACGUGAGCGUUGGGACACGCUCAAGAAGGACGGUAAGUUCCCUCCGCACAUCGCAGGUCUGAAGGUGGCAACCUAUCAGGCCUCGAAGGAGUUCGCUGCUGCCAUCAUGCAGCAACCUGUGCCGCCCGAAGGACAUGUUCCUAAGGCGGGGGAUGAGGAGCGGUACAACGCCCUCAAACUCAUCGAUCGCCGCCACCACGCUUUCAAGGUGGAGGAGUUCGAUGCACAGCUUCGGAUCGUUGGCGACGAACUGAAGUUCCAAGCGGAGGCGCUUAGCGCCCAAGGACUCUUCGACAAGCUCUCUCCGCUCGUCAAGAGGCACUGGACCGAGGUCAUCGAAAAGGCCUCGCAGUCCCCUGUUUUCACGUCCAAUGAACAGGGGGCGAUAGUGCAAACCUGGACGCUCAACCCGGUCGCGAAGAAGAUCUACGAAGACGUUCUCCACGACCUCACCGUGUACGCUCACCGUAUCCGCAUCCUCGUCCAGACGCGGUCCUCUCUCAAGGCAGAGAAGGAAAAGAAGAAAAAGGAGCUACACAAGCGGGUCGACGCCAUGCACGUCGACGGCGAUGGGACCAAGGCAGUGCAGGACGCUGUCAAGUCGAUUUCACCCUCCGCCUCCGUACAGUCGAUGAUCGACUCUCGGUUUUCCGCCCUCCAAAAGAAGAUCGACAAGCGCCUUGCUAACUCACAAGGAUCCGGAUCCUCCUCGAAGAAGGGCAAGGCGCCCAACAAGAAGUCUGGCCUCCCCGUCCAAGACGGGAAGCGAGUCGUUCCCCUGCCGUCCCGUCAAGCUCGCGUGGACGUCGUCAAGAACGCCGCCAAGAGGCAGAAGAAGAGCGCUCGUAUGAGUACGGGCGGUCGACCUCCGAAGGGGAAAGGGAAAGGCAAAGGCAAAAAGAAUUAG